AUGAAGGCUAUAUUCCUCACCACGUUCUGUAUAUCUCUCCAUGUGGGAAGCAUAGAAUCUUAUCUCCCUCAACACCAAGUUGUGUCUAGACGAAGCAGCAAUAGUAUGUUGAAGCCAUUGAAUUCCAUGCCUGGUGGUAUGCCUGGCGGUGACGGCGGUCCUGGUUUCCAAGAAGGUAUGAAUAAUGGUCCACAAGAUUUUCCACAAGGUGUUGGUCCCAUGCCUGGAUCUCCCAUGGUGCCCAUGGGCCCAGGUGGUGAACGAUCUCAACCCUAUGGUCAACCCUAUGGUCAAUCCUAUGGUGGAAACGAAGGGUACCAUGGCGGCAACGGCGGUGCCUACUCGAAUGGAGACAAUUGGUACGAUUCUCCUGGUGGCACUGGAUGGAACAAUCAAAAUAACAAUGGUGGUGGCCAAUGGUGGCAAAAUGGUGGUGGUGGUGGUGGUGGUUCGCCCUACAAUACCCUCCAAGGAAAUUCCCGCAAAACCUGGUCGUCCCAAGAUCCUUGGAAUCAACGAUCCAGUCACAUUCACUUGCAAUCCGAACGUCCCAAUGCUCCCCUGGACGCUAAAAUUGAUUUCUUGCACGGUCCUGGCAAUGUCGCUCGCCAAAUGAAGGUCUGGAGCAUGGAUGGUCAUCAGCGACCCGUCCGGGCCAAUUUUGCCAAUCCUUCCGGUGGGGCCAGUCGGGGCAACUAUGGGACCAUUGACGUCCGGAACACUGGCCCCAUGGAAUUUCCCAUUUCCGCCGGUGUGGCGCAAUCUCCCGAAACCAUGGGCUAUGGUGGACAGGGAUUGAUGCCUGGCGGUGGGCCCCAACAAAUGAUGGCACCAGGUGGAAUGAGCGGACCUAUGAGAAUGGGUGGAGACAUGGCUGCGGGCAUGAAACAAAUGAAGACGAUUCAAGGGGAAUCUCUCAAGACCUUUUCCUUCAAUCCCGCCGUCAAUUACGUGCAGAUCAAUUUGGAAACCGAUGGCAUGCCUUGUUAUGCGGACAUUGAAGUGAGCCAGGGUCCUGGCGAAGCUCGACAAGCCUUGCAAGUUUACAGUGAUGACGGUACCCCCUGGGAAGGCAUUGUGGACAUUCCUGGUUAUGGUUCUACCAUUACCAUCAAGAAUGUUGGGCCAAUGGCCUAUCCCAUCAAGGCUUCUUGUGAGCCUAUUGGAUAG